UCUCUCGUCGAGAGCUUUGAUGACUCGAUGAUUAUUCCGUAUAAUGAUUCGGAAAACCUUAAGUCGAUUCUCUCGCAAAAUUUAGAGUCUCAGAUAUAAAUUUAACCCGAAAUUCUCGCUAAGUGAUUCUGUUUAUCCUUAUCUUUGGCAAAUUGAUUUCCUAUCCAACUCCAUGAACUUUGACCGUCCUCAGUUCUUUGAUGUAUCGUCUCUCGCACAAACUCGGAUUUUCAGCAAGGCCCACGAAGCGAAAAUCUUCUAUACUCUGACCUUUUGCGAUUGAAUUAUUCGUUUUUGCGGCGGUACAGCUUCUUGUAUUCUUACCAAUGGAGAACUACUCUCUCCCACAAGGCUCUUAUUUUCUGGGAUUUGACAGCUCCACCCAGUUCCAAGAUUGGAGCUUUGUUUGAGUUCUAAAAGAAAAAGAUUAUGAUCAUGUACUUUGUAGGUCGUUGAAGGCGACUGUGUUAGAUGCAAGCCUGAACAUUGUAGCUAAGGAGAUUGUUAACUUUGAUUCUGAAUUAUCUCAUUACAAAACUAAAGAUGGUGUUUAUCGGGACGCUUCUGUAAAUGGGAGAAUUGUUUCCCCCACUAUAAUGUGGGUGGAAGCAUUAGACCUCAUUUUUCAGAGGCUUGAAAAAUCAAAAUUGGAGUUUGGGAAAAUUGCUGCUGUUUCCGGUAGUGGGCAGCAACAUGGCAGUGUGUAUUGGAAGAAUGGGAGUUCGGGGAUACUCUCCUCAUUGGACCCGAAGAAACCGUUGACAGAUCAGCUUGGUGAUGCCUUUUCCUUGAAGGAGUCGCCCAUAUGGAUGGACAGCAGCACUACAGAACAAUGUAAGGCAAUCGAGAAAGCCGUAGGUGGUGCUAUGGAGUUAUCAAAGCUUACAGGUUCACGUGCAUAUGAAAGAUUUACAGGCCCACAAAUUCGGAGGAUAUUUGAGACACAACCUGAAGCCUACUCUAACACGGAAAGAAUCUCCUUGGUCAGCUCCUUCAUGGCUUCUCUACUUAUUGGGAGCUAUGCAGGUAUCGAUCACACUGAUGGAGCAGGGAUGAAUUUGAUGGACAUUAAAUUGAGAGCCUGGUCAAAAACAGUUUUGGAGGCAACAGCACCAGGCUUGGAGGAAAAACUUGGGAAAUUAGCGCCUGCAUAUGCUGUAGCUGGUCUGAUAGCUCCCUAUUUUGUCGAGAGGUAUCACUUUGACAGAAACUGUUUAAUCAUUCAGUGGUCUGGUGAUAACCCUAACAGCCUAGCAGGUUUAACUCUGAACACUCCUGGGGAUCUGGCAAUCAGUCUUGGAACUAGUGACACUGUAUUUGGGAUCACAACAGAACACAAGCCAUGCUUAGAAGGCCAUGUUUUUCCUAAUCCGGUGGAUAUGACUGGCUACAUGGUCAUGCUUUGCUAUAAGAAUGGCUCUCUGACUCGUGAAGAUAUACGUAACCAGUGUGCAGACAAAUCGUGGGAUUGUUUUAAUUCACUUUUACAGCAGACACAACCUCUAAACGGUGGAAAGUUGGGCUUCUAUUACAAAGACCAUGAAAUUAUUCCUCCCCUUCCAGUUGGAUUCCACCGUUACGUUCUUGAGAAUUUCAAAGGAGACACAUUAGACGGAGUAAAAGAAUAUGAAGUUGAGGAAUUUGAUGCUGCUUCUGAGGUCCGAGCAUUAGUGGAAGGGCAAUUUCUCUCUAUGCGCGCACAUGCUGAGAGAUUCGGGAUGCCUUCACCUCCAAAGCGGAUUAUUGCUACCGGUGGAGCAUCAGCAAACAACAGCAUUCUAAGCUCAAUAGCUUCAAUUUUCGGGUGCAAUGUCUAUAAAAUCCAAAGUUCAGACUCGGCUUCCAUGGGAGCUGCAUUAAGGGCUGCUCACGGUUGGUUGUGCAACAAAAAGGGCGAAUUUGUUCCAAUUUCAUGCAUGUACAUGGACAAGUUGGAGAAGACGUCUCUCAACUGUGAGCUCGCGGUGGCUGCUGGCGACAAAGAACUCGUGUCCAAGUAUGCUGUAUUGAUGAAGAAGAGAGUGGAAAUUGAGAAUCGUCUAGUUGAAAAACUAGGGCGGAUGUGAAUUUUUGAACAAGAGGUAGUCUGCGUUAGUUUGGUAAAACCCUCAGCCUGGUAGAAUAGAAUCUCUGUUUUAUUUCGUUUCUUUUUAAAUAUUGUAAUGAAUUUGUCAAUAAUGAAAGGGGACUGGUUUGCAUGGCGGCCAUGUCCAUAUUCUGCUGCGCUGCAGUUGCUUUUACUAAA